AUGCGACACUCAAAGAAGAUGCAGAUCGCUGAAAGUGACUUAGGCCCGGAGAAGCCCCAACAAGCACCCAGCAAAAAGUCACAGAGCUCAAGAAGAAACAAUGGAUCGUCGGGAAAGCAACUCCAGCAACUUUACAGACUCUAUCAAGAUGCGAUGGACCUUUACAACCAAUCUUCUCUAGCAGAGACAAUUGAAGAUAUGCUACGGACCAAGAACCGACCGCGCAUAACCAGAAUUGUUUCACUGGGUUUAGGGAGUUUGCUUGACGCUAAGGAUCAACAGCGUCGCAUCAAACAGCUGGUCAUGUUGAUGGCCAUUGCGUCGCAUCUCACAAUCCCCAAGAGCGCUGUUCAGAUCUACGCACAAGACCCGACAUUCACGGCAGUUGAUGAGACUUUCUUGGCGAGUCUUGGGAUCGUCGUUUUAAAAACACCAUCAAUUGCCGAUCUGGGCGAGGCUGGACAAAUGAUGGAUAAAGAAACCCUUGUCUACAGCCCUUUCCUCACCCUCGAGACAUACAAGCUAUUGUUGUCUUCAUCGCAAACUUCAGAAAUCCCAGUCAACGUGCCCAUGUUGAUGAGCGACGACUUUAAUGCGCUCAGAUUGAAAUGGGACAAGAGAACUUCGGAGCGAAAAGAUGUCGAAGGGUUGAUUCAGGGUACAAGAGCGGGCAAUUAUCGCCGACGCGCUGUCAAUGGUGAAGGGUUCUGGACCGACCUGGACCGACCCUUUCCUCUAGCAUUAUACCUCAGACAAUCGACAACUUCUCGGAACGCGGACACAGUACGGAGGACAAGCGCGUUCUCGCCGUUUGAGCAAUCGUCGAUUCCGAUAUAUGCUUAA